AUGAAUAAACAGCAGAAGAGGGCUGUAGUGAUAGAUAAGCAGCAGGUAGAAGAUAAGAGAAGAUGGCUGGUGAUGGCUCUCUCUGUUCUUCUCAUCCUCUCUCUCCUGUUCGGUGCGGUAAUGACAUAUUUAUACUGUAAAAUGAAACUGACCCAAGAUACUUCGCCUGUGUUGCCUUUGCAAAGUACGACAUGCUCAUGUGGAGAAAUAAUGGAGAUGAAGGUUCAGGACAAAGACCGAUUAUAUGUUUUCUCCGAAAUCAAAAUGAGCUGGAACUCCAGUAGGAUGUGCUGCCAGGAACUGGGAGGAGACCUGGCCAUCGUCAACAGCCGAGAAGAACAUGAAUUCCUUGCUGGUCAGGUGGAGAGUAUUGGCGAGUCGGAUCACUACUGGAUUGGCCUGACGGAUGCCCAGAGUGAGGGGAUGUGGCUUUGGGUUGAUCACUCACCCCUUUUAGAGAAUCUGACGUGGUGGAAGUAUGUUCCAGACGACUGGAAAGAACACGACCCGUCGGGAGAAGACUGUGUCAUUUAUGUUGGUGGGAAAUGGGCCGAUGUGUCCUGUUCAAGCUCAGAAAGGAGAAUCUGUGAGCUCCCUCACACUUCAGAUACUCCGUGA